CUCGCGGCUGCGGGUGGCAGUUCUGACUGGAGGCGCUGGGCUGGCGGAUAGAGCCGAGCGUUAAGAAAAGUGUCCAUGGAGAACAAUGAAAACUCAGUGGAUUCAAAAUCCAUUAAAAACUUUGAAUCUAUAUGUGCUGCCGAAGCGAGCACUUCAUCUUGAACUUUGAGGAUCAUCACGGGAAAGACUUGGGAGACCCAGACAGGAAGACUAUACAUGGAAGCAAGUCAUUGGACUCUGGAAUAUCCUUGGACAGUAGCUACAAAAUGGAUUAUCCAGAAAUGGGCCUAUGUGUAAUAAUUAAUAAUAAGAAUUUUCAUAAAAGCACUGGCAUGACAGCUCGGACAGGUACAGAUGUAGAUGCAGCAAACCUCAGAGAAACAUUCCUGAACUUGAAAUACGAAGUCAGGAAUAAAAAUGAUCUCACACGUGAAGAAAUUGUGGAAUUGAUGCACAAUGUUUCUAAAGAGGAUCAUAGCAAGAGGAGCAGCUUUGUUUGUGUAAUUCUAAGCCAUGGUGAUGAAGGAAUAAUUUUUGGAACAAAUGGACCUGUUGACCUGAAAAAAUUGACAAGUUUCUUUAGAGGAGAUUAUUGUCGAAGUCUAACUGGAAAACCCAAACUUUUCAUUAUUCAGGCCUGCCGGGGUACAGAACUAGACUGUGGCAUUGAGACAGACAGCGGUACUGAUGAUGAUAUGGCAUGUCAGAAAAUACCUGUGGAGGCUGACUUCUUGUAUGCAUAUUCCACAGCACCUGGUUAUUAUUCCUGGCGAAAUUCAAAGGAAGGAUCGUGGUUCAUUCAGUCAUUUUGUGCUAUGCUGAGACAGUAUGCAGACAAGCUUGAAUUUAUGCACAUCCUUACUCGGGUUAACCGGAAGGUAGCAACAGAAUUUGAGUCCUUCUCCUUCGACUCCACUUUUCAUGCAAAGAAACAGAUUCCAUGUAUUGUGUCCAUGCUCACAAAAGAAUUAUAUUUUUAUCACUAAGGAAAUAGUUGAUUAAUUUAGUUCAUAUACCAAGUGAGAAAAAAUCAUGUCAGUGAUACUUUUAUCUUGAAACUGAUGUUCCAGAUGGUACUGUGAACUACUUUCCUAGCUAUCAAACCACAGUGAAACUACCUCAAACUCAACAUCAGGUAGUUAAAAUUCAAUCCAAAUAGGAACCAAUAAAAGUGGGUAAUGGUAUUAUCUUGAUGAAAGGAAAUUGUAAAUACACAUUUUUCAUAGUUAGCAAAAUUUGAUGAUGCUAUGAUUUUUCAAGUAAUUGUUGGAAGUUAAACAUUGCAGCAAUGAAUUUUAAUGUAACUCCCUGUACACAUCAGUACUGUAUACUAUAGUCUUUGUUAAACUAUGGAGAUGAUGCUGUGGAAUAAUGUUUCUUAGAACUUGGAUCCAUGGGUGCAGUUGUCAUGAGCAUGUCUUUGUAAAAAAAGAAAAAUCAUGUUUACUAUUGAAAAAGAAACAAAAUAUUAUGAGACAAUAUAUGAUCACACUGGGUUGAUUCUUUUGAGGCCUUUUAAUCAUUCCACUUUAAAAAGCAUAACUCUGAGGUGCUAAGAUCUACCAGCAUAUUUAUUAUGUGUGCUUAUGCAAAUCACCUGAGAUUUACAGCCCAACAAAAUAUCUAAAGAGCUAUUAUGUACAAACCUCAGACUGCUGAUUAUUUGAGUGAAAUGAAGUUCUAUAAAAUGCCCUUUGUGCCAUGGAAAGUAGAAGGUGAGGAAAGAACAAGAAAUGGAUGAUCUGGGCACCUCCUCAGGCCCAGCUGUGGACACAGCUUCAGAAAAGGGUACCAGAUGAUCCUGUCACAGAAGUACUGGCCUGUGUGAAGGGUAUCCCCAGAAACAGAUUACCAUGUGAGAAAGUGAACCAGACAGAAAUGUCUGAAGUGAGGCUUUCCCAAACAUGAUGAAUCACAAUAAAUAUGAUAAUACUCCUUGUAGUAAAAUUUGUAAGCAAGCGGACUUAUUUUAAGUUUAUAAUUAAAGGAAAACAAUGGCUUUAUUUAUACCAUUACCUGAAAGUAAAGGACCAUGGCACACAGGACUUAAGACGCAUCCAGUGAGAGCCCGUCUAGUACAUGUUGGGCCCCAGAGAGGGCCCAGACUUCCUCACAUACAAGGUUGUUGACUGUCCUGAUGUGUCUGACAUUUCAAGUGAGCUUUUUGCUCAAAAGAAGGAACUUACAUUUAACGUUUUCUAAGUAAAUGUAGCAUGUAAUGGUAUUUUAAAGUGUGUUCCCAUGUGACUACUUUAUUUGACCUCUUUUUUAAAAUAUAAAUUCAUAUUUAAAACUA